AUGUCGUUCAACAGGCAGGAUGACGUCGGCGGCGGCGCUGGCUUGUCGCAUGCUGAUAGAAGAGGAGCAAGGACUACGGCAGGUGGUGCCUUUGGCUGGGGCAGUGAUGCUCGGGAUGACAGCCCAGCUGGCCUGGUGAACAGUCGCUCCCGAGCGUGUGUCAACCGCUGGACGGAUGAGAAACCAUGCGGAGUGCUGAGGAGCGAAGGAGUGUCCAUCUGGGAUGACGCGACGACGAUGGUGACGGGCUCCUCCUCGAUUUUGCUUGGAGAGCAGCGGCAGCGAUCACGGCGGCGGCGACGGCACCGACGCGGGUCUCGUCAUCGGCGUAGUGGCGGCGGUGGCAGUGUAGAGGGCAACGACAGCCUCCAUGGCAGGGCGUACGACGACGACGACGAUGGCAGAUUGGGCAGCAUGUGGAAUGAUGCCGAAGACGAUCCUCUGUCGUCUGCGGGCGCCAUCGUCAGUGCCAUGGAUGCACAGCCGGUUGUCCCGGCGAAGCUUCUCUGCAGUGUACAGGCGCCACCGUUCAUAUGGAAUCGACACCCCAGUCACUGCAUCGUGCUGUGCCUCCUGCAGCGUCGCGGCAUCUGUCUCCCACGUUAUCGGGAGCUCGUGGACUACCACAUGUCGGAGCUCCUCCUGCACUACCUCGAUGUUUGUCGGGAAGGGGCAUUUUUCGUCUACUACUCAGCCGGCAAGUGGCCAAAGGAGCGCUUUUUCCGCAUUCGCAUGAUGCCGAUGAAUCGGCUAGGGCCGGUGACAGAGUUGGCCCCACACCUCGUCAUGACCCUCCACGAGAGCGGCAUUCACGUUCUCGAUUCGAUUCCGCUUGACAGCCUCGUCGGUGUCACGGUCACGCCGCAGGCCGCGCGCUUCCGGCCGUUUCUUGAGCCGCCGAAUACGAUAAUCGGGUGCCGCGAGGGGCGCGGCCACCGCACCCGCUUGCCUGUGGAUGGCGCCUUUAGUCUCUGGUUCUACGACGUGGUGCAGCAUACUGCCCGAAGCGUGGACGUCUUGACGUGCAAUGAGAAGGUGUUCGACAUCUGGACAAAGACCUUCCGAGGUCUGGUGAGCGUGAAUAGCUCCUCUGUUGUGCAGGUAGCACUGACGCCGCACGGAGACUCGGCGGAGUUAGCGGAGUUGACGCGGGCUGCUCAACAGCAGGGGGAGGUCGAGCACGGCUAG